GCCCAUCAUUCUUGCCAUUGGGGCGAUGUUGGUUGCAGCCGAGCUUAGCUUGCCACCGGUGAUUUCUGCGGAGUUCUCACAAUCCGUAUGCAGUGCUUUGAGGCAGCAAGGCUAUUGCAAGAUCCGUGCGCCGGAGCUGGAGCAAUCGGAGCUCGUGGUGGAAACCGCCCGAAAACUGGCCGGUGCCACGCUGCCACAUUUGGAGCUUGAAGAGGGCGUCCUGGGACGACGUUCCAAGUGCAAAGCCUCCUUUUUGGACCAGCACGUGGACACCGCUCCGGAGCCGCUCAGCGGAUGCCUGCAGCGGAUGAACGACUUGGCUCUGGCGGUCGGGCAGGACUUCGGUCAGCAAAUGGGAUUCCAGGCCGUGUCUGGACUGCAGCAGAUGCUCCUCCGCGAGCCCUUGCAACGGGGAGAGAGGCGCCACCUGAGCCCUGGGCCCUUGACGGAGGACCGAAAGUUGUUGCUGUGGAAUGUUGUAGAUUCCCAUGCCUUCCCAUUGCAGAGCCAAGCUGCAUGGGUCGUAGAUCAUGCCACGAUGAUCUUGCCAAUCAAAGAUCCCGUAGGUGUCGUCAACUGCGUCCCAAAGUUGUCCUGUUGGAACAGAGAUUGGCAGAAGCAUUUGCAAGCUUUUGAUGUGAUUGACAAUCGUGAUGACCACUUCAGACUGCAGCCGCACCAUUCCUGGCAUCCUGAACAUGGCCUCAUUCACAACGAUACACUCAUGCAUCCUGAAACAGCUGCAGUCAACACCUCACAAAUCACGCUGCCAACGGAAAUUGAUGAAGAUGAACCGGUCAUUCUUUCGAGCACCGUGCCAUUUCAGCCCAUGCUGAGAAUCCAAAUCUUGACUGAGAUUACGAAAUUUGAACUUUGGGCAGUGUCAAAUGUUCGACCAUGUGACCUUUCAUGGCAGUUUGAUCACCAAUUCAAGAUUGAGGAAUGUGUGAACAAUCCAGAUGGUUUUGCCAUGCUCAUGACACGACAGAUUCACCUUGCUGACCUUGAGACUUGCGACACAUUUGCCACACCAUGCAUCAAUGAAGGUAGACUCUUGUUUAUUCAGCUUGAUGUUCAAAAGCCCAUCCAAAAGCAACUUGACGAUUUGGGACUGUCCGGUCUCACCUUUGACCAAUUUGGCAUUGUUGCAGUAGGCCAGCAGUUCACAUUUCGUACGAUGAUGAUGAACUUUCGCAUUUUGCACAAACCUUUGGAUCAACAUGCAUGCAUGGUACUUGCUGCGCACAAGAAAGCACAGAUGUCAUUCCUUUCGGACACAGACACUUUGUCAGUAUGUUUCAACUUUACUGGAGAGGACACGCCUGUGAAAACAAUGAUGCAUUUUUGGGCCAAUGUUCUUGAUGCAAAGACACGUGAUCAUUUGAAGAUGACCACCCAUACGCAGCUUCUGCCGAAUGGAGGAGUAGUGACAUAUUCCUCUUCCUUGCCCAUUCCUGCAUCCGCCAUUGCCAGAAUUCUGUCAAUUGCUGCCACGCGUCAGAUUUUUGAUACACUCAGUGAUCCCAAUGGAACCAGGGUCAUUUUGAAGUGGCAAUCCAAAGCAAUCUGGGAUGGUUUGUUGGUAGGAGAUGUGAAUGCACAGCUGAUUGGAUCUUUGCUUCAACUCACAUGCUUUCCUGAACUCCUUGGUAGGGACAUGCGCAUGAUUCACAAAGCCAAGCAAUGCUGCAAUGUUUCGAUUGAACAGCUCCUUUCGGAAACACAUGCGAACUUUGUGAUGAUCCAGCUUAUGAAAGAGAUGAGUGGAGGUGCAGGCACAAAGGACAAUCAGAAGACCUAUGUGAGAAAUAGUCUUGCUGCCACUUUGCUUGAGCAAGGAUUUCCUUUCAACUGGGUCAGUGAAGCAACGGAGAAACUUGUUGCGUUGGUUGGAUUGAAGCAAAUCACACAGGUCUCAAACUUGCCUCCGGGCAAACAACGUCUUGACAGCAUCUUGCAGCUUUGUGAACAAUGUGAACUUUCGCCACCACUUGCAGUCUCCAAGUCAGCACAGAAAGUUGCACAGGUAGGCAUGAACAAAGCCAGAAAGCGUGUUGCAAUCAAUGUCAACCCUGCAGAUUAUCGGAUUGAGCCUUCGUUCUUCCUUGCAGAAAAUGAUGAAAAGCUUCCGCAACUCCAUGAAAUCAGACACAAGAGCUGCGGGGUCAUGCUCAUGAGCUUUGAUCAAGCCCUCCCAUGGCUUCGAGAGCAGCAGAUUAUUUCUGCUGAUGAGCUUGCUAUGGUAAUCCUAGGACACCAUGAGAAUCUUCAGGCGACGCUCAAGACACAAUGCCUUCAUGUGCCAUGCCAAGACUCAGAUUCCAGGCCAGUCAUCCUUAAAGCGACCCUGGUGCAACUUGGAGAGAAGGUGGUACGAACCCAUGUCUCAGAAAUGCCAAUCAUUGAUGAACAAUCAUGCAGUACAGUGUCGAUCACCUAUUGGAAAGAGGAUUGGUCAGUUGAUGAAUGGAAGCAGAUUGUGGAUCAGCCAUUCUCUUAUGCCCGUUUGGUGAAGAAUCAAAAGUCGAUGGGUCUUCGCUUCUCAUCCAAAGACUUUGACCGGGCUUGGGCUGUGAUUUUCCCUGGAAAGGAAGCACCUAAGGUUCAAGAGGUUCACCACAUGUUCCAACUGCAGAGUUUGCCAUAUGGUACCACUGCGGCAAUGCUUGAGCAGUGGGCCAACAAUAUUGGUUGGACUUUCAAGGCAAUCAAAGCGCUGGGUCCCAAUUCCUGGCUCAUUGGUAGUUGCGAUAUGCCACCACCAGGUCUUCAGCUGUUCAAUAAUCGUCCCAUUCUCAUCAAGCAUUUGCCUCCGAAAGACACUGCAAAUGGGAAUCCGAUCGUAGCAGGACCAAUGCCACGUAAAGUUGAUCGCAAUGCCAUGUCAAGUGCGUCAAUGGACCAGACCAGCCCUCACUUUGAUCCUUGGGCUGGAUACAAUGCUAACAAGAUGCAGCCAGCACAACCGAAGGACCUCACAGGACCUACAGAAGCCAAGUUCCAAGAGCACGCAGCCAAGCUCAACUCCCAGGGUGAGCAGAUCCAGAAAAUUGAGAAGGCCCUCAUGCAGCUUCAGAGUGACACCAAGCAAGAAUUUCAAAAUGUGCAGCAGCGAGAGCAGCAAACGCAGAUGCAGAUGCAAGCGGCCAUCAAUGCAGUGAAAACUGACUUGGAAUCAUCCUUUCAGCAAGCUAUCAGUCAGCAGUCCUUGCAACUCAACAGCACUUUGGGUGAACUCAGGACCUUGUUGCAGGCCAAGCCAAAACGCACUCGUUCUGCAGAUGGAGAUGACGGUAUGGAAGGUUGA